AUGCUAUCAAAGAUUGGAACAUUCUUGAGGAAACUCAUUCAGGAUCAACAUGUUGAUAAGGACUUGAAUUCAGAGUUUAAAAAGUCAUUGGACACAUUGAAUGAUGACAUGUCAGAUGAAGUCCAACUAGAUAAGGUGUACACACGUGACUAUCUAUUGUCAUUGGUAUCACAAGUCCUUGGAAUGAGACAACAGAUUGAUCCUGAGAUCAUUGCAUCAUUGGAAGUGUUGGUCAACAACUUGACAUGGUACCAAGGUGGAACUACUCAUCGCAAACUAACAAAGUUGGUUAAGUUUGGCAUUAUUUGCCCAGAGCCAAACUUGAUGAAGGAUGCUUGCUAUUGUCUAAGCUUGGCAGUUACUGAAUCACAUUGGUCAUACUUUGUUCUAAUCAAUCAAACAUUCCUCAAGACUCUUUUGGAAUCAGUUCAGACCCAACAAGAUGAAAUAGAUCAUCUAUUCACAUUGUACAUCUUCCUGAUGGAGUCCUACCAUGACUGUCCCAAUUGCUACGAGAACAUCUCAUUAGCAUUUGGUCCCGAUCGUGUAAGACAAGUAUCUCCACCAAUUCGAGAAUGGCUAAAGGAUGCUACAAUGGUGUCAGAGAACAAGCAACAGGUGUUUGAUUAUAUCAUAAUGGAAGGAUAUUGGACAACAAUGUUGAAUGACCUCCCAACAUUGUUUACAAUUAUAUUCGAGGAUGAGAUGAUCUUGAAGGACUCGGCCAAUCAGAGGGAGUUGGUCAAGAUGAUAAUGUCUUCUGGUGCCAAGGCAGACGAAGUAUUCACACUUGUCAAACCCUACCUCCUCCCAUUCGAACUAGAGUACGUGGACUGUCUCCUCUUGCUCAAGAAUAUUCACAACAUUAGCUCACUGAUCGGACUGAUUGGUGAAUCGUUCUCCAAGGUAUACUUGGAGGUGGAAUCCAAGAUUAUUAAUAUCUGGAAAUCCACAACAUGGUCUUCCAACUAUACACCACUUAUAUUACUUGAUGAUGUUGUACAGGCAUUCCGGAAUGUGGAGAAUGCAUCACAGGUCUUGAGACCAUUGGUAUGGUGCUUGGACUCACUACACCUUUUGAAACAUAUUGCCAAGGCCAGACCAUCCAAUCAUACACCAAAGGCCAUCAGAGGAUUGAUUGGACUGAUGGAGACAUGCCUGGAAACGUCAAGCUCAAACAAUCUAUACUACGCAGCAAUGCUCUGUCUGGUUGAUCUGCAUGAAGACGAACACAGGACACUGGUGGAGGAUCUGGUACAUCGCUAUCAAGACAAGACACAACUAUUCGUUGAUAUUCACUACCAUCGCUGUAUCGACAAGCUACCAACGGUCAAUGUCAACUUCCUCAUAGCUUGUCACAAUCACUCACUUCUGAGUGGUAUAAAGCAUGAACGCCUGCUUUUCAAGGUGCUCAAGCACUGUCCACGAGUGUUCAAAGUACAACAAUUCAUCAGUAGAUGUGCCUUCUCCACCAGUAUUUGGACACAAUAUAUGGACAGCUUGUUUGCGAGACUACACAGGUACGACCACCUCUAUACUCCAAUUAGCUAUGCAGAGGAGUACAAUCUAGUACAUGUGGUACUUGAACCACCCAUUAAGGUAGUAAUGGUGCAUAUAGAGGGUGGAGGUCGCAUUCAUCCUGUCCCGGCAUUCCAACUUCUCAAGCAUUUGUACAACUUCCGAGUUUAUCCUUUUGUUGACAGGAAGCGGCUCUUCUCGUCAACAGACAUUGGUGAUAUCAACCUAAUCAAACAACAUAUAUUGGACAACAUUGAUGUAGAUCACGCAGACUAUGUACAACAACAACAAUUGUACACUCAAUUCAAACAACAAUCACUGGCCAAGCGCCAAACACACCAGGUUGAUCCAACAGUCUGGCACAAACUACAUCCACUCACUGUUCAACACAUCAUAUACUUACUCGUGAUGGAUGACUUGCGCGCACCAAUCAUCCACUCACGAUGGGUGGUGUCACUUGCGACCGUGUCCAAACAGUUCCACAAGGCAGUGAUGACGUCUGUGUCCAAGAACCCUGUCCCCUCAUUAUAUAUCUGCUCCACACUCAAACAUAUUGGAUCGACCUAUUGUUUGUUCCAGUCCACCCCACUUCACUUGGAGGUCAGACAACUCGAGCACAUACCUACCGAUCUACUUCAAGAGUGCAUCGAUCGUCUGCAGUCAUUCGUCUUCCAAAUGGAAGAUGGGCUGCUACAAGCAUACGCCCACACUCUAACGCCUCGAUAUGUGGCAAUUGACGCACCAAACUUGAGGCACAUCAGGUUCGAUUUGCAAAGGCUGAAAUCAAACAAUGAAUAUCCACUCGAAUGGGAAAAGCACCUCACGCCUCUUCUCAAGCAUCUGCCUGUGAACCCAUCACCAAUCACCAUCACACAGCACAAACACCUCAGCACCAACCUCUACGAGCACUACAUCAAGGACAAGACUUCACUCCAAUCGAUCACUUUCCUCACUGACACAUUGGCCAACCCUCUUCCAGAUGGCGCCGUGGCAAAGUCGACAGUCAACGUAUCAUUCCAACUCUGGAUGGACUCGACCAAACAACCAUCCAAUCACAGCGGCUCUCACAUUACCACUUUGAACCUUACGUUGGAGAAGGACUUGGGAACCCUGCCUCAUCUUCCCCAUCUCAACAAGCUGAUCCUGGAAGGACAUUCAAAGAAGCUCACAAGGAGUUAUUGCCAGCAACUCCAGCCUCUCUACGAUCGGUUGACCACACUGGUGGUAACAGCAUCAUUCCUACCCGACACUAUGUUGAUGCUGCCACUCCAGACAAACACUAUACAAUCACUACAUUUGGUGUUCACCAACGUUGACCUGGUGGCAAGAUCAGAACUCAAUCAGACUCUAAAGACUCAUGUGAACACAUUGAUGGAGCUACUCAAGAAACCAAUGUAUAGCAGGCUUAGCCUGCUUACUAUGAGACUAGACCACCAGUACAAAGGAGUCCAACCACUCAAUCAACAGACAAUGGCAGCAUUAUUGUAUCCAUACUUCAAGCCAGAUGUCAGUGACCUAUAUUCAUACUAUCGCAUUCCAUUCCUUUGA